AAACCCGUCUCCGCCUGCAUGUAGAUCUCUAUUGGCAGCACCACCUGACCUCGCCCAACAAAUAAGCCUCGUGCUCUCCGCCUCCGCCUCCGCCUCCGCCUCGAGGCCUCCGCCGGCCGCCCGCAGGCCUCCCGAAGCUUCCGGAACCGUCGGCGGGGAGACCGCGUUCCUUUCCCCCGGGGCAAUGCAGAGCGCGGCGGCCAUCGGGCUCCUCCGGCCAUGCGCCGCGCGGCCGCUCGUCAGUUACCCUAGCCCCCGCCGCGGUGCCGGCGUCUUCUGCGAGCCGCUCCUCCCGCCCCGCGGCCUCCGCCUCUCUGCCCGCAUCGGGCUAGUGCCGGCGUCGCCGCUGGAGGAGGAGGAGCAGAAGCGGAGCGGGAGGGCCUGCCGGCACGUGGCGGCUGCGGCAGCAGGGAAGGUAGCGGCGGAGGGGGCGGCUGGAGGAGAGGAGAGCGGAGGGCUCGCGAAGACGCUGCAGCUUGGGGUGCUCUUCGGGCUGUGGUACCUCUUCAACAUCUACUUCAACAUCUACAACAAGCAGGUUCUGAAGGUUUUGCCGUACCCGAUAAACAUCACAACAGUGCAGUUUGCUGUUGGAACUUUCAUUGCUUUGUUCAUGUGGAUCACUGGUAUCCUUAAAAGACCAAAGAUUUCUGGUGCGCAGCUUCUGGCUAUCCUUCCUCUGGCUAUUGUCCAUACUAUGGGCAAUCUUUUCACAAACAUGAGCCUUGGAAAGGUUGCAGUGUCAUUUACACAUACUAUCAAGGCAAUGGAGCCUUUCUUUUCGGUUCUCCUUUCAGCAAUCUUCCUUGGCGAGUUGCCUACUCCUUGGGUUGUUUUGUCUCUUGUUCCAAUUGUUGGUGGUGUGGCAUUGGCAUCUCUUACUGAGGCUUCCUUUAACUGGGCUGGAUUUUGGAGUGCAAUGGCUUCAAAUGUAACCUUCCAGUCAAGGAAUGUGCUGAGCAAGAAGCUUAUGGUGAAGAAAGAGCAAUCUCUGGACAACAUUAAUCUCUUCUCAAUCAUUACAGUCAUGUCAUUCUUUCUGUUGGCCCCAGUAACCUUACUGACAGAAGGUGUCAAAGUCAGUCCUGCAGUUUUGCAGUCUGCUGGUUUGAACUUAAAACAGGUAUACACGAGAUCUUUGAUUGCUGCAUUCUGUUUCCAUGCGUACCAACAGGUGUCAUACAUGAUCCUCGCUAGGGUGUCCCCAGUCACCCAUUCAGUGGGUAACUGUGUCAAGCGUGUGGUGGUCAUUGUGACUUCUGUCCUGUUCUUCAGGACCCCUGUUUCUCCUAUCAACUCCCUCGGUACUGGGGUCGCUCUCGCCGGAGUUUUCCUAUACUCACAACUGAAAAGACUGAAGCCCAAGCCCAAGGCUGCUUGAUCACAUUUUCAGGUCCAUCCAGGAGAACUGUAGAAGUUCUGCCACACCGUCGGAGGUACUAGUGAGUACCGUAGUUAGAACGAUAUAUUUAGAGAAGCCCCUUCGGUUUGCUACCACUUCAUCGAUCAUUUGCGAUUUAAUCACAAGCGUUUUUGAACGGUUUAAUUGAUGUAUUAAUAAAUUUGCCGUGGUGCAGCUUUUGUCGUGCUUUUAUACAAAACAGCGAGGAUGUUGUUCUA